UGUAAUAGCAAUGAUAUUCGUAGUGCAAUGACAAUGACUUUAUAUUGCGAUAACAAUCAAAGUACAGCAAGCAUAUUUGACAAGCCAUUUGUUUAUAAUAAACAACCUAUAUUUUCAUCUUUAAUAACUUACCUAUCUUCAUCUUUAAUAACUUAUCCAUCUUUACCUUUAAUAACCCACCUAUCAUCACCUUCAAUAACCCACCUAUUUUCACCAGAUCAGGACUCACUUGUACAAGAUCAUAGUCAUUCGACUAAUGUACUUAG